UUUAGAAACUGCAAGAAGAAAGAGAGACAAUUGGUUAAAGUUGAAAGAGAUUUAAUUCUAUAAAGAAUGCAUUCUCACAUGUAAAGAAUGGGAGAAGAAAAAGAAAAAGAAAAGGCUAGUGUAUCUUUUUAUACACAUAUUGUAUACAUUUUACUCUCAAGACUCUGUUUACAUAGAUUUCAUUGUAAUGUAUAUUAUAAUUUUUUUUUCUUUCUGCAAGUUUAUUUCAUUAUUCCUUGUAUUGAUUAACUACUCUUUACCACAUGUGAAGCAUCUCUACUUAAAUACUCAAAU